AUGUUGAAUGAGCUAUAUCCCAACCGCAAGCAACGACCCUGCUUCAGAGGUUAUGGCCGCUGUCGCUCGAUCAGCUACGAGGGGACUGGCCCUGUAUUUUUCUCGUCCGGUGCGACUAUUCAGGCCAGCGAAAGGUUGGAUACUCUCUGCUGGCCCAUGAGCACCUGUGAUCGAGCUUCUCAACCUUCCGAACCAGUUACAGGAUGGCAAUUCUUGAGGAACAUUGCUUCACAGGAAGGUGCCUCUUUGACCCCCAACUAUGUUCUCACUAUGUGUAAAACCCAGGGUGUUUGGGUAGUGCCCAAGCACUUCCUACCGCCGAUACUAUUGAAUGCAGCACUGGGGACCGUUUUGUGGACAUCCUAUGGCCUGGCCAAUGAAGCAAUAACCGAACGAUUCGGAGAUGAUCACCCAAUACGCACAGCCGCAUUGGCUGGAGGGUUCGCUGGAGGCUGCCAGGCCCUUGUCGCUGCCCCGGCAGAGAAUGUUCGGCUUCUCCUGGAAGGCGGAUCUGGAGGUCAUUCCUGGAGCUGUGUUUGGAAAGAGGUCUUUCGGAGCCGCGUCUCGCCACCCUCCCUCUCGCAUCAUCAACAACUGCAAGAAAUCCGGGAACUCAGACAUUGGCUUCAUGAAGUUGGAGAAAUGGCUGGUAGAGGCUGGGAUGGAUGGAAGUGGGGCUGCGGAAAGGACAUUUGCGCCUUCUUCACGGUCUUCGAGAUGACACGGCGUACAAGUCUUGGCUGGACUUGUUUAUGA